AUGGCUGCGUUGGUCCAAACAUAUCCUCAGCAAAGUGGAACAGUAACAUUGCUUCAGACUAGACCAAGCUCAGCUUCGGGAAGGAUGCCAGGACCAUCAGGAACUCAGCCUAACCCGGCGUACAUGGGUAAUUCGCAAAGGAACAAUUAUCAUGGUCUGUCUAAUAGUGUUGGAGGAGGGCAGACUGUAUAUCGUGGCAACACCUCCACACCGGUUCAGCCAUAUGCCUUCACAGCUACGCCAAAUCUAGCCAACGGCGGACAAUGGCAGCAGUACGGAGCCUACCGUUCGUCGACAAGUGUUCCGAAUAUGCAGAUGACAGAUCCAAACGCUUCGGCGCGUUCCCGUCCUGUAAAUUCCAACACACCGGGUAACAACACCAGUUACUCAUCAAUAUCCAAUGGGAUGUCUCAAGAUGAUUCUCGGGUUGCCGCUCCAUCUGGACCUCGGCCUCAGCUUGCACCGUUAAAUAUUUCUUCUAACCAACCAACAUUUGCACAGGUUGCUGCAUCAAAAGCAGCACCGGAACGAUAUAGACGACCGUCUGCGAAACACACAGACUCUUCGCCUGGCGUAAUGCAGGCACAGCAGCCGCAAGGUUCAGCAAUUCCAUCAGGUUCCGGCAUGGCCACCGUUGUUCAUCUUUAUAAUCCUCGAGCUAUGCCCGACCGGAAAGCAGGGAUGUCUAGGAAUUCAGUAGUAUCUGUGGGUAGGCCGCAUAGCGCCUACGGGUCCAUGGCUGGAGUGGCGGUGGAUGACAUGCAGCUAUAUCGGCAUCCUACCGAGGAAGAAGCUAAAAGAUUUCGACGGCGUAGCAUACACUCCAUCAAUUCUUCCGAUUAUCCCAACCCCCCGACCCCGCAGGAGUUCAAGAAAGCGGAAGAAUCAUUCCGCCUAGAAGCGUUAGCCGCGUCGAGGAAGCAUGGUAGUUCAGAUAAGAGCCAGAAAAUUGCACCUCGACCUGUUUCUGGCCUCUCUACCAAUGGACCAGUCGAAAAGAAUAGUAUGCAUCGCAUUAAUGGCAGUUCGGAAAGUCUUGUUUCGAGCGGGAGCAGUAAUUCUAGGCCAUCUUCGUCUGCCAACCGAAACUCCAGUGCAUCUGCCCCCACGGCAAGCCCCGCCUCCACCUCCACCUCUGCAGACAAGAAGACCGGCCACGAUCAAUCAAAGCAGGUGAAUAUCCCGCCUCGCGGUUCAUCAACUGAUGUCGGCAAACGAACUAUUAAUCCAUCUCCCUUGUCGAAACCGGUAACCAUGGGUACCGGAUCUUCGUCCGAUGACUCGGGAACACCCGCUAAUGCAUCGGAGCCGCCCCUAGCCAAGUCGUCGGCGCCGACUUCUGGUUCGAUGGCCGAUAGUCCUGCGGCUAAGCAGCUCGCUGCAAUUAAUGAGAAGGGAGGAAAGUCUAAGAGCAAGACAUCGCGGCUGCGACGAGCUUUCUCAUUCGGCAGCGCAGCUGAACUUAGGAAGGCUGCCGGCCAAGACAUCACCACUUCCGACGCUGCUAAGAUAUCGCAAAAUGAGACCUCAAGAUUGCACAAGGAUCCCAGACCUGAGGAUCUUUACGAGGAGGAACAGGCACGGAUUGCGCAGAAGCAGGAAGAGAGCGGAAUCGGAAGCAGUAUCUAUUCUGGCACUAAGCUAUUCUCCGGAUCGACCGAUAACCUUUCGAUCUCUUCGACGGCAUCAUCUGCAUCAAUCAUGCUCCGUAAGAUGGGACGUGGGAUGAAGAAAGGUGGUAGGUCGUUAGUUGGAUUGUUCCGACCCAAAUCCAUCAUCGGGUCGCCUGAGGAUUUGAAAUUGCCCGAAGUUUCUCAGGCCGAAGUGUCCAUGGUAACAGUGGAAGCCGAGCGCGAAAGGGUCAACGUCAAUGUCGAUCCUCAUUCACAACAAGCUGGUGGUACUGGCUUCCCCCAUCUAGAAAAUAAUUCGGUGGAUGUGACAGUCGAUGCCCUAUCAUCCGAUCGUCUUGGGAGUUCAGGCACAGAUAAUUCUGGUGCAAGAAAAAGCAUAGUUGGUGGUGAAAGGGAGAGAGCUGAGGUACUCGCAACGAUUCGAAAGGGUAUCUUGAAAACUCGCAGCAACUCUCCAAGCCCAGUAAACCGGGGACCUGAGCUUAAAGGUCCUACAUUCGAUCUUCCGACAAUCCCCAACGUUUCGAACUCUCCCAGUUCCAGCGCUCCGAGCACCCCGAAUGAUGAAGUACAGGGUCACAGACGCAGCGGGUCUGUUGCUAUCGGCAGUGAAGACUAUUUCGUGUCAGCGCUUCGCCUUCGUCAAGACACUAGGAGUGCACCGACAACACCUCAAGGUAGCGGUAGCAAGCGAAAUGCCACGUUCAGCCCACGGCUCAUCUUCUACGACACCUGGCCGAGUGGCGAGUAUGACCGUCGUGGCGAUAUCGCAACUUGCAAUCGCCUGACGCCAAUGCUUGCCCAACAAAUCAAGGAGGAAUUGAACAGUUUCAAAAUGGAAAUGGAAGUUCACGAGACGUCCAAGAUUUAUACGCACUUUUUCUAA